CCUAUAAUUGGAAUGCGUCCACUUUUAAAUCUUUUAAGGAGGAUCCGUUGCACGGCAAAUCUGGUGGCGGCAGCUGCGGUAAUCCCGGCUUCAGUGCGCUGGGUAUUGAAUUCGUGCAUUUGAAAUGCUGUGCUUGGGUUUCUGGCGCGGGGCCACCGUAGGGGGGAGCCCUCGCGUCCCUUUCUUCUGCGCCUUCCUGGCUCCUAGCAGAGUUUCCCGCGCCGAAGUGUGCACUUGGAGAAAAUCGAGAGUUCAGAGUAGGCACAUAUGUAGAGUGUGUCGGUCAGAAGGAACACCCGAGAAACCUCUUUAUCAUCCUUGUGUAUGUACUGGCAGUAUUAAGUUCAUCCAUCAAGAAUGCUUAGUUCAGUGGCUGAAACACAGUCGAAAAGAAUACUGUGAAUUAUGCAAGCACAGAUUUGCUUUCACACCAAUUUAUUCUCCAGAUAUGCCUUCACGGCUUCCAAUCCAAGACAUAUUUGCUGGACUGGUUACAAGUAUUGGCACUGCAAUACGAUACUGGUUUCAUUACACACUUGUGGCCUUCGCAUGGUUGGGAGUUGUUCCUCUUACAGCAUGCCGCAUCUACAAGUGCUUGUUUACUGGCUCCGUGAGCUCACUGCUGACACUGCCCCUCGACAUGCUGUCCACGGACAAUUUAUUGGCGGACUGUUUGCAGGGCUGCUUUGUGGUGACGUGCACACUGUGUGCGUUCAUCAGCCUGGUGUGGUUGCGAGAGCAGAUCGUCCACGGAGGGGCGCCGGUUUGGUUGGAGCACGCCGCUCCGCCCUUCAAUGCUGCCGGCCACCACCAAAACGAGGCUCCAGCGGGAGGAAAUGGUGCUGAAAAUGUUGCCCCUGAGCAGCCCGCUAACCCGCCAGCCGAGAAUGCGGUGGUGGGGGAGAACCCCGAGGCCCAGGACGAGCAGGCGGAGGAGGAGGAGGAGGAGAACGAGGAGGAAGACGAGGCAGGCGGGGAGGACGCAGCCGACGCCAACAACGGGGCUCAGGAUGACAUGAACUGGAAUGCUCUAGAGUGGGAUCGAGCUAUGCUAGGACUUGAUGGAUCACUAGUUUUUCUAGAGCACGUCUUCUGGGUGGUGUCCUUAAACACGCUGUUCAUUCUCGUGUUCGCAUUUUGCCCUUACCACAUUGGUCAUUUCUCCCUUGUUGGUUUGGGAUUUGAAGAACAUGUCCAAGCAUCUCAUUUUGAAGGCCUAAUCACAACCAUAGUUGGAUAUAUUCUUUUAGCAAUAACACUGAUAAUUUGUCAUGGCUUGGCAACUCUUGUUAGAUUUCAUAGGUCUCGUCGCUUGCUUGGAGUCUGCUACAUUGUUGUUAAGGUCUCUUUGCUAGUGGUGGUAGAAAUUGGAGUGUUCCCUCUCAUUUGUGGCUGGUGGCUGGAUAUCUGUUCCCUGGAAAUGUUCGAUGCUACGCUGAGAGACCGGGAACUGAGCUUCCAGUCGGCUCCGGGGACCACGAUGUUCCUGCACUGGCUGGUGGGAAUGGUCUACGUGUUCUACUUCGCCUCCUUUAUUCUGCUGCUGCGAGAGGUGCUUCGACCUGGUGUCUUGUGGUUUCUGAGGAAUCUGAAUGAUCCAGAUUUUAAUCCAGUACAAGAAAUGAUCCACCUGCCUAUCUAUAGGCAUCUCCGGAGAUUCAUUUUGUCAGUGAUUGUCUUUGGCUCCAUUGUCCUCCUGAUGCUUUGGCUUCCUAUACGUAUAAUUAAGAGUCUGCUGCCCAGUUUUCUCCCGUACAAUGUCAUGCUCUACAGCGAUGCUCCGGUGAGCGAACUGUCCCUUGAGCUGCUUCUGCUUCAGGUUGUUUUGCCAGCGUUACUUGAGCAGGGACACACGCGACAGUGGCUGAAGGGGCUUGUGCGAGCGUGGACUGUUACUGCUGGAUACUUGCUGGAUCUUCAUUCCUAUUUAUUGGGAGACCAGGAAGAAAACGAGAAUAGUGCAAACCAGCAAGUUAACAACAACCAGCACGCUCGGAAUAACAACGCCGUCCCCGUGGUGGGGGAAGGCCUGCAUGCCGCCCACCAGGCCAUCCUCCAGCAGGGGGGGCCCAUUGGCUUUCAGCCUUACCGCCGGCCUUUACAUUUUCCACUCAGGAUAUUUUUGUUGAUUGUCUUCAUGUGUAUAACCUUACUGAUCGCCAGCCUCAUCUGCCUUACUCUACCAGUAUUUGCCGGCCGCUGGUUAAUGUCAUUUUGGACAGGGACUGCCAAAAUCCACGAGCUCUACACAGCUGCUUGUGGUCUGUAUGUUUGCUGGCUGACCAUCAGGGCGGUGACGGUGCUGGUGGCAUGGAUGCCCCAAGGACGCAGAGUGAUCUUCCAGAAGGUUAAAGAGUGGUCCCUCAUGAUAAUGAAGACGCUGAUAGUUGCGGUGCUGCUGGCGGGCGUCGUCCCGCUGCUCCUGGGGCUCCUGUUCGAGCUGGUUAUCGUUGCUCCCCUGAGGGUGCCCUUGGAUCAGACCCCUCUUUUUUACCCAUGGCAGGACUGGGCACUUGGAGUCCUGCAUGCCAAAAUCAUUGCAGCUAUAACAUUGAUGGGUCCUCAGUGGUGGCUGAAAACUGUAAUUGAGCAGGUUUACGCAAAUGGCAUCCGGAACAUUGACCUUCACUAUAUCAUUCGCAAAUUGGCAGCGCCUGUGAUCUCCGUGCUCUUGCUUUCCCUGUGUGUACCGUACGUCAUAGCGUCCGGCAUCGUCCCUUUACUAGGUGUUACUGCGGAAAUGCAAAAUCUGGUCCACCGGCGGAUUUAUCCGUUCUUACUGAUGGUCGUGGUACUGAUGGGCAUCUUGUCCUUCCAGGUCCGCCAGUUUAAGCGCCUUUACGAGCAUAUUAAAAACGACAAGUACCUUGUGGGCCAACGCCUCGUGAACUAUGAGCGAAAAUCUGGCAAACAAGGCACAUCUCCGCCCCCUCCACAGUCGUCCCAGGAGUAAGGCGGUCGUCCCAGCUUCCUGGACCUGCCCCUUGCCUUUACUUGCCCUUCUUUGUGGACUUCUCUCUCUGAAGACUUUCCCAGUGAUCUCUCAGCAUUGUUUUCAGGUUGGAUGCGUUUGGCUGGUGUGCUCAGCAUUUGGAGGGCGGCGGUCGCAGGCCCUGCUGCCCUCCCUGCCCUCUGACGUCACUGCUGCCCGAGGUCUGUACAUGUGUAAAUAGAAGUUCCUGGAGGCCCAGAACCGUGGAUUAAACAGAAUGUGCAUUGUACAUCUUUAAACAAAUGUAUAUUAAUUUAUUAAAUCUAGUUGUCACUUUAUUUUGGACCUGCUGUGAUCUUGACAGGAAAUGUGCCACAGAGCCACAAUGCAGAGGCAAGACUUCUUAAUGACAUGUUUAGGAGCACAGUGUCAUGGUGUUCCUAGCAAUGUAUAGUUCUCGUUAAGCAAACUGUACAUUCUGUCUGUCUUGGCUGCCGAGACCCUACCGAGGACGGAAACGGAAACGUAGAAACCAGCAGUGGGGCGUCUGUGGUAAGAAGACCCGGACCUCGUGCUUCACUGUCAGUGGCUCCUGGAAGUUAUUUUGUAUAACACCAAAGCUGUUGUACAUUUUCUGCUGCCUGAUUUUUUUUCAUGUGUCUGCGGUUGUGAUGUUGUAUAGUAUCUUGUGCUAGGUGAGGAAAUUAUUUUUAAUUUUGAUAAUUUAAUGUUCCUAGUGAUCAGCAUUGGGAGUUGGGUUUUUGUGCUUGUUGGGGGCAUGCCUAUACUUAGAGGAAAAAAAGUCCAAAAGAAGAUUUUCAUUAGUCCCCCCCCCCGCCCCUUAUCCUAUACACAGCUAUCCUUUUUGUCAGCAGUGGCCGAAAUGAUGCAAGAUCAUAAGUCUUACAGAAUAAUAUCCCCAACAGCACUGCAUCUUACUGGAACUAGGACGUCUGGGAUGUUCGCUAAAUGCAAAUGUGGUUUGGCGUCUUAGAUUGACACCGUGAGAAGAGACUGGUUAGAACAACUGGUCCCACUGGCCAGUGUAUCAUUGGAUAGGGAUUAGGGAAUGCAUUUUUCUUAGUUUUCCAUGAGUAAAUCCCAAAGUUUCCGAAGCUUUUUGUUUACAGAAUAAAACUACAAAUAAAACCAGCUUGAUUUCGUUCAUCCAGAAGGAACCUGGCCGAGCUGGCCUUUUAACAUAGGAGUGCAGGAUGUAUCUGAUUGGAAACGUGCUGGAAAAUCUCAGAGAACUGAACACUUAGAAACUUGGUUUUCUCUUGUAACCACAGCUUCAAGUUAGAAGUUUAGAGAAAUAGGGCAUUGGGCACAUGACCCGAGUAUCUGAUGGCCAUGGCGUAUAUAGUCAGCGUGAGGCUGGUUGGUUAAUGAUAACCUCAGUUCUCAGAGAGAAUGGGCAGCAUGGGUCUUCGGAAACAAUACAAGAAGUUCCAUAUGGUAUUAAAACCCUAGACUCAGAUCUGAGGAUUUUUUAAAAUAGGAAAGUCAGCCAAAAAUAAGCUACCGAAUCAAAAGCAACAUGUUCCGGUUGUUUUAUAUAGUUCAUUGAUUUUCCCCAAAGUGGUAAGCGAUUACUUUGAAAGAUGUUUUAAAACCUCAGUAUCAGGAAGAAAAGGCUUGACAUAGAGUUCAGUGUUACACGUUUUGGCACUUUGUAGUCGGCCGCUCUCUCGUGUUUGAAAUAAGGUCUCUGGGAGCCCCGCCUUCACUUAGAAAUUUAGUCCUGCUGUAAAAAAUUAGCAUUUUAAAAUGUAAUGCCACCUGUCAUGGUGUAUGUCUAUAUAAAUUGUUCUCUUUGGGAGAAAAAUACUAUCAAAUUGGGCAUAUAACUUGAUUAAUUUAGGUUUCUUUUUUUAAUUUUGCAGGGAAUUUGUAGAUCUUAUAUAAAGCUGUUGGAACACAUUUAUCUGUUUUACCAGAAAGAUACAGGCAGGUAACGUAAAAGAUUAAAAACCAUUAUUCUACAGAAUUUUAAAUGAAUCUUAUCAGAUAUUUUGUAAAAAAUCUAUCUAUCUAUAUAGGAAUGGCCAAAAAGUUGCCCUCCAUUUCACUUGCAGAUACCUUUAUCUUGUCCGUCUGAAUGAUUCCCCUAGGUUUUCGGUUGUGCUUCGUCCUGUUUUCAAAAGAUGGAUGCUUUCACAUGUCAGCAGAUGCUGCUGGCAUACUAUUUACUGGGGUAGCAUCCAGAUUUUAUUGCUAAUCAAUUAUUGUUUUACAAAUAUUUAAACUCAUUCAGAAAGUGCUAGUAUUGCUGCCCUUCUUUAUGUAGAAUUUUAAAAAAAUGAUAGUGUAGUUUUGCUUCACUUUACAUUGGGCCAAAACAGCCUUCAAGAAAGUUAAUUAGAAGGAAGACCUUUUUGCUUUAUUUUUACUAUUUAUAAAUUGAAGACAAAUCAACACUUAGUUUUACAUGGCCAGUUACCACAUGGUCAUAGUAUAGAGCGUGCAGUUGUUUAUUAUUAGCAAAUUAUGUUUGACUUUUAAACUAUUAGGUACUAAUAGUUGGGCUGAAAACUGAAAAAAAAUGCCAAUGUGAAGUUUGUGUACAGCUAGCUUUAAAAAAGCUCCAUGUUUUCAGGCGAUCUUUUCCUGUUAGUUUUCUGGAGAAACAGUGGAGAUUGGACGUCUCAAUUCCAGAUGGAAACAAAAGUAAUUUUUAUUUCAACAUUUAAUCUAACUUAUUACUGUGAGUUCCUGUCUUGUAUUUUCUUUCCCUGUUCGAGUAAUAGAGGGUAACCUUUUCUCAAAUGAUUUGAUCUCAGAUAUGUCAUUUCUGUAUUGGCAAAAUGCUAUUAAAGUAAUUCUUUAAUUUAGGUUGAAUUGAUGAUUUUUUAAAACAAUACAAAAAAGUACUGGACAUUUCUACAUUGUAUUGCAUUUACACACGCACACACACACACACAUACACACACACACACGAAUGUAGCGCCAGUAUAUGAACACUGGCACUUUUUAAAACUUUGCAAGUUAGCUACUUAUUCUCAUUUUUAGAAUUGGGUAUUUUAAGCUCUCUACUUACUGUGAUAAGUUUUUUACAUUGUAAAAUUAAAUGAUUAUGUUUAAAAUACUCCUUUAGAGUGGUACCUAUUCAGUUGCAAUCAAGAAAAAAACAAAAGUAAAAUGUCUUAGUACUAAAGUAUUAUUAAAAGCUUCAUUUGUGGAGAUUCUCUAACUUCCUCGCUGGAGCUGUCUUGUAUCUCACUUAAUUUUUCCCCUCAAUCAGAUGUUUUCCCUUCAGCUUGUAUACUGCCCUGUGUCAUUUUUUAAAAGAGCUGUCACGAGUAAGGGCUUUUUUCAAAUAAUCCCUGACAAUAUUUCAGCAUUAAUACAACAUAAAGAAAAGACAGUAUGUAUGUUUUUAUUCCUCCGUGUGUCUUACGAGUGCCUCAGUGUGUAGUCAUGAAAAUAACAUAGUACCUUAAAUGAACAGGUAUCGACUAAGGCCUAGACAUGACUGUUGUAGAAGCUAAUAGAACACUUCGUUAUUUGGGAUGUCGAUUUUCUAUUAAAGCAAACACCUUGGAUACCCAGACCAAUUUUAUCUGUAUAUACUAAAAUGCUCCCUUUUUUAUGUGGUUGGUUGUUGCCUUCUGAGUUGCGAGAACAGAAUUGAAUAAAGUGAAUGUUAGUCGUAGCCUA